CAACUCUGCAGUAGCCUCUGCCACACCUGCCACGCCAGGAGGCAGAGAGCCGCCCUCACAGGACUCUUCUAAGAACGGGGAGGCCUCUACCCACUGCAGCCCGCGCAGAUCCCAUCCACCAUGACCGCCAUCCGACUACGAGAAUUUAUAGAGCGCCGCCCAGUGAUCCCACCCAGUUUAUUUGUUGCACGCCAAGGAAAGGACGUACGAGGGUACUACCCGGGGCAGCUGGCAAGACUCCACUUGGAUUACAGAGCAAAGCAAGCUCCCAGACCACUCAUAGACUUGACAAUUCCAUCCAAGAGAAAAAGUCAGUAUCAGCCUCAACUAGACCAACAAACACUCUUUCGAUAUAUUUGUUUUCGAAGACAUGCAAAGCCUGCCGAACCGUGGUACAAAGAAACCACUUACCAAAGAGACUAUGGUCUGCCAUUUUACGAGAUUGGUUGGGACCAGAAAUUAGCCACCGUUUCAUCGAAUCCUAGACCUAAUUCGCUGCCGGAGCUCUACUGUUGUGAACAGGGAAGUGGCUUAAGACGUGCUUUUAAACUAAAAUAACCAUGGCAUUCAAACAAAAUGACAUUUGGCAUUCUUAGGCGACUCAUUUAGACUAAGUUAAUGGAAGCAGAACUACUUUUAAUCUAAGUGUGUAUAGAGGUGGCUAUAAUCCUAAAAUAUUUACAUGUUGCACAUUCUUUUCAGAUUAAGUUUGUCAGCCUAGAACAGGAAAUAAAUAUCCAGCCUUAAGAGAACCUGUCAUAUGGUCUUAGCCCCACUACCAGUCUUGUUGUUGAUGCUGGCAAAUCAUCUUAUAUUUAGUCCAGUGGUUCUAUGUGGGGUCACAUAAGAAUAUAAUUGCACCGGCUUAAUAACUGCAUCACUGUUGGGGGGAGAAAAAAAGAACCUUCAGGACAGAGUCAAGGAGGAAGAUGGUUGAUACCACAGACCCUUGAAGGAGUUCUGGAUGCAGAAACUCAGGAAAGGAGAAAUAAAGGCAUGAUCGAAAUUAUGGCCAACAAUUUGGGUUCAUCUGGACACUUAUAGAUGAUUUCGUAGGCAUGUUGGCAGGCACAAUGUUGAGAAACCAAUCCAAUAGAUUUAGAAAUAAUAGUAAGAUAAAAAAGAAAAGAUAUAUUUUUCAGAGGUAAUGUCUGAAAUUAAAGAAAAAUAUCCACCAAAUAUCACAACAGAUCUUUUAAUGACUAAUUACUUUUAACAUUAAGAUUGUUGUUUUGGGGGACAUCUUUUCUCUUUGAACAUUUAACUAAAUGCCCAAUGUAUUAAAUAAUUUACAGAAAGAAAUAAGUUCUGUGUUCUGUACAAAUUAAAGGACCCGUGAAUAUAACCCCCUUCUCUCCCGCCCCAGCCAAAGCUCAAUUUUGCAAUGGUCUCAGCAGAAAAUAAACAGUUCACAAUUUAAACAAAAUUUAUAGCAUUACAAAAGUUUACAGAACCCCUAUCUUUUCAUCAUUUUUCUAACAACAACGAAUACAAUGACAGAAUUGAAUGAUCAGAAUGUAAAAAUAUAUGUGCAAAACUGCAUUAAUUGUUCUUAUCAGCUAUUAUAAUAGGGGCAAAACCUAAGAACACACAAUGACAAUAAUGAAGAAAAACUACAUUAAAAGUAAUUCUAUGUUAGAUCUGAAACAACAAUGGAUUAUCCUAUUACUAAACAUU